ACAAGGUGCUAUAUUGUUUGUGAUCCACGAGAGCUGAACUCUAGCGGAGGUCUGCAGAGGGGGGUUGUGAUCGCCUGCGCUCUUGGGGGGCUAUGAGACAAAGAGCUGGACUUUGGUGUGCACUUUUGGAAACUGUUUUCUCACUGAGCUCAGGGGCUCUUGCAUGUUGAUGCAGCUGGCAUAGCAGAUCCAGCUUAUUGUGACCUAUAGAUGCAGCGUAGCUCGGCUUGCUGGUGCCUGUAGUUAUGUAGAGUUGCAUAGAGUUACAUGUGGAAGCAAAACGCUUAGCUACAUGUUGCACUGAUCAUCUAUUUGUAUCGCCGCUGAAUCUGCUGGUUCAGGUGGCGGCUUCCUGACUUCAAGUCAAAAUGCAUAUUUCUUUAUUUUUACAUGCUGACUCUAUGAGGAAUUAGUUUUCACCACUGUGUAAGCUUUCCUAUACCUUUUUGGUGCUGUCUCCAAACUGCUGCAUGUCUCGCUGGGUGACUUGUUCCAAAAUGAGUAAGAGAAAAGGCAAAGUGAUCACUGAAGCAACAACUUUCAAGAGCCGCAAAGUCGCAGCUGCGAGUAUCGAAAAUACGCCAGAUGAUGCAAACCCAAGUCAUAAGGGGAUCUCUUCCAAGGCCUUCGCUCAGUUUGCUACAGGCGACAUUGGAGUCAUUGAAAGCAUCACUCUGAAGAAUUUCAUGUGCCACCAUUCUCUUGGUCCGUUCCAGUUUGGGCCAAACGUGAAUUUCAUAGUCGGCCACAAUGGAAGUGGAAAAAGCGCUAUCCUGACCGCUUUGAUCGUAGGCCUCGGGGGAAAGGCCACUGUGACGAACAGAGGAAUGUCACUGAAAGACUUUGUGAAGACCAAUGAAAAUACUGCAGAUAUAACAGUAAAGCUGAGAAACAGAGGGCCAGAUGCAUACAAAAAGGAUGUUUACGGCGACAGUAUCACCAUUGAACAUCGGCUCUCGAGUGAUGGAUGCCGGACCUGCAGGCUGAAAAGCAAAUCAGGACAUCUCGUCUCAAACAAGAAGGAGGAAUUAACGGCCAUUUUGGACCACUUUAACAUCCAGCUGGAUAACCCAGUAUCCAUUCUCAGCCAAGAAAUGAGCAAGCAGUUCCUGCAUUCAAAAAGUGAAACAGACAAGUAUAAGUUCUUCAUGAAAGCAACGCUGCUCGAGCAGAUGAAGAGAGAUUACAUCCACAUUAAACACACUAAAACGGUCACGCGGCAGCAGGUUGAGAGGCAAGAGGAGUGUCUCAAGGACCUGAAGCAAGAGUUUCUGCAGAAGAAGGAACGAUAUGAAAAUGUUGCAUCCUUCAGUGACAUGAAGGUUGUUUUGGAGAAUCUGAAGAAGGCGAUGGCAUGGUGUUUGGUGAGUGAGAAGGAGCAGCUCUUAAAGCAGUUGAAGGAAGACAUUGAAAAGGAAGAAAAUAAUUACAAACCCAAGGAUAACCUUCAGCUCUGUCAGACGAAGAUCAUACAGCUAGAGAAGAAGCUUCAAUGCAUCAAAAGCAAAAUUGACACUCUGAGAGAAGAGCAAGAGUCUCUAUCAGAGGACAAUGUUAAGUUGAAAGAACAAGUGAAGAGCAUUAGCAAAGCACACAAGGACCAGGAGGUCGUUUAUUUUCGAGCUCUAAACAAGCUGAAACAGUCGGAACAAGAGCAAAACCUUCUCCAGGAGAAGCUUAACAAGGCAAAAGCAAGUAAGAGUCUGAACAGUGAGGGAGACUCGGAAUACACGAAACGGCAGAAGACUUUAAGUAAUCUGAAAGAGCAGCUUGCAGAGCUCGAGAAUAAGUGCACGCACCUGAAUCAAGACAUCAAGAACAAACAUCAGGCGCUUCUCAAAGGGAAGGAAGAACGGGACAAGCUGAGACUGGAGGAAAGGAACGUACAGGCUUCAUACGAGUCCAAACAAAAGAGGAAGAAUCAGCUGCUCGCCAGUCGAUCGAACAAACUAAAGCGCUUUGGAGACCAGGUGCCUGACAUGAUGAGUGCAAUUAGCGAGGCUUAUGCCACGGGACGCUUCCUCAAGAGACCUGUUGGUCCAAUAGGGUCAUGUAUCAGUUUAAAGGAUCCCUCGUUAGCUGUGGCUGUGGAGUGCUGUCUGCGGAGCUUCAUGAAGGCGUUCUGUUGCGACAACUACAAAGACGAGGCGGUCCUCCAGGAGAUGAUGACUCGCUUUUAUCCAAAGGGCAACAGGCCACAGAUUAUCGUCAGCCCCUUCUCUGAUAAACCGUACAACAUUCAUGGAAGGAAAGCAUAUCAUCCGGAGUACCCAUCGGUAAUGGACAUAAUCACAGCAACAAGCCCAGUCAUUAUCAACUGUCUGAUUGAUAUGCGAGGGAUAGAAUCAAUCCUUAUAAUCAAAGAAAAAGAUAAAGCGAGGAGGGUCAUGCAGCACUGCCGUCCACCUAAAAACUGCCGUGAAGCCUUCACAGUUGAGGGGGAUCAGGUGUAUCCAAACCGCUAUUACACGUCUGAUUUCAGCAUGGCAAAAUAUCUCGGUGGGGACAUUGAGACUGAAAUAAGUAUGCUGGACUCAGACCUGGAGAAUUACCAGGCUCAGCUGUCCAGGUUUCAGCUCCAAGUAAACUCUGUCACCGAAGACAUUGUGAAUAUGGAGGGCAAUCUUAACAACACCAUCCUGACCAUGAAGACAACACUGGCUUCUGUGAAUCAUGUCAAAGCAACAAUAACUGAUCUGCUGACUGCUAGUGAGGAGCAAAUUAAUGACAUCAGCUCACUGGAAGAAGUUGCCCAAGAGAUUCAGCAGAAAAUCGAGGCAGAGAAGCAAAGUGUUCAAGAAGCAAAGGUAGAACUGGACGAGCAGCGAAAAAUGGCCGAAGACUCAGAUUCCAAGUACUCAUCUGUCAGAGACCGGAUUGAUCAGCUUCUAGAGGAAAUAGAGCCCCUUAAGGAUGAACAGCUGAAACUGGAGACGGAGUGUGCCAAGCAUGAACGAAACCUGAAAAUCUUAGAAAACAAAGUGAAGGCUCAUGAAGACAACAUUGAAGGCAUGAAAAACGAGCUUGCCCAAAGAGAAGAAGAGCUACAGGAAUACGUGGCAAAGGCUACAGAGAUCAGUCCCGAACGGCAGCACGUGGCCGGCAACACCAAGAGCAUCGACACAGAAAUCACUCGACUGAAGAAGAAGAUCAAAGUGUACGAAAGCAACCACGGCGAGCAGCAGCAGGUGGUCAGGGAGUACGCCGAGGCCCUCGCUCUCUACAGAGAGAAAACCAACCAAGUAAGAGAUUUGCGGAGGUUCAUCGAUCGUCUGGAUAACAUCAUGUCAGACAGGCAGAACAGAUACAAAAUAAUGCGUAGGUCCCUGUCUGUCAGAUGUAAGUUAUACUUCAAUAACUUCCUAAUAAAGAUGAACUGCUGUGGAUCUAUGAUUUUUGACCACAACAAUGAGACGCUCUCUAUCAUGGUAAAGCCUCCAGGCAGGGAGGAGGAUGGUGUGAGUGACAUGAGGUCGCUUUCCGGUGGUGAGCGCUCCUUCUCCACUGUUUGCUUCAUGCUCUCACUGUGGGAGAUCACCGAGUCACCCUUCAGAUGCCUCGACGAGUUUGACGUCUACAUGGAUAUGCACAAUCGAAGAAUCUGUCUGGAUCUGCUUCUGGAGUUGUCAGAGCGGCAGCAUCUUCGACAAUUUAUCUUCAUCACUCCUCUGAACACCAGCAAUCUACCCAAGUCGGACCUCAUCAAAAUCCACCAGCUGCGGGCUCCAGAAAGACACCGGGGUCAAACAGAAGAUGAAGAUGUUUAAACUGAGCAUCAGUGACAUCAGUGGAUGAAUGUUAAUGGGCAUUACUGUAUACAGUUAGAAAAAAACGUUUAUGAACCCUUUUGAAUUACCAGGAUGUCUUCAUUUAAUUGCUCUAAAUGUGGUGUGAGCUUCACCUAAGUCCCCAGUGGUAUGCUGGCUAGAGUAAACAGGCUAUCUCAAGAGCUGUUUACUUUAGCCGGAAAGAGUAAGUGUGCUUUUGAAUUUAUUUCGUGACUUGUAGAUCCUCCUCGGGUAGCAACAACUCCCAUCAGACAUUUCCUGUAGCUGGUCUUGAAACUUGUACAGUGAUGAGGCAUUUUGGACCCCUGCUUCCUACAAAAUAGUUUCAGUGCAUUAACAUUUAUGGAUAAGGUGCAACAUCUCACUUGGAUUAAGACAGAGACUCUGCCUUUAUCAUUACAAAACCCAGUUUUCUUUAUCAGCUGUUCUGUUGUUCGCUUAGAAGUUCUUGAUACAGCACCAGGCUCUGAGGUAUCAAAGCAACAUCAGUCCAUGGUUUUAAAAUUAGAUCAAUAGCAACAUAUGAUAUAUUACACCGUGCCAUUAUUCAUUUAAGAAAAAUGCAGCGCCCGCAGGUCGGCCGCUACAUUUCAACCGCAAGACCAACGUGCGCCUGCUCACCUAAUAGCUGAAGCAGCACCCUUCAGGUCUGGACUUUGACUGAGUCAUUGCAACACCUUGAUAUUUUUUUUCUUUUUCAACCAUCUGAUGUAGAUUUGCUGCUGUGCUUGGGAUUAUUGUCCUAUUUUAUGGCCCAGUUUGGGCCAAGCUGUCGGACAGAUGCCCUCACAUUUGACUCUAGAAUACUUUGGCAUACAGAGGAGUUCAUGGUCGACGCUGUGGCUGCAAAGCAAGCCCAGGUUAUCACCCCUCUGCCACCAUGUUUGACAUUGUGCUGAUAUACUGUGUUUGCUUUUCACUAAACGUGGCGCAGUGCAUUAUGGGCAGACAUCUCCGUUCUCGUCUUUCGAAGGGAGAUUGUUCCAGAGGUCUGGUCAUUUCGUCAAAUCCAUCUUUUCGAACCCAAGCCGUACUGCCACGUUGUUUAUAGAGAGAAAUCUUUCUCCUGGCAACACUUUGAAACAAACCAUACUUGUUCGGGCUUUUUCUAAUUGUGCUGUCAUGAACUUUAACUUUUAACACGCUAACUGAAGCCCGUAGAGUCUGAGAUGUAGCUCUUUUUUACACUUGCUCUGAGCAACGCUCAACGCUCUGGCUUCGGGGUGAAUUAAGCACCUUGAUCGACCGUUGUUGCGAUUUGGCACUACAUAAAUAAAAUUGAAUUGAAUUUGCUGGGAUCUCCACUACUAGCAAGACUAAGCACUGUGUAAAAUGUUUUCCACAUUAAUCUUUGUAAUUACAGCACGGUGUCCUUCAAGUUGUUUGGAAAUGGCCUCGUAACCUUUUCCAGAUGAGCAGCAACAACCGGUUUUCUAAGACAGCUGCUAAUAUCUGUGCUCGUUGGCAUUGUUUUAACUGCUCCAGGCCUCCAAACUAAUAAAACGUCUGCUUUUAUAGAGGUGGUCACAAUUGCUGAUGAUCAUUUAGUCAAGUGCAUUUGAUUAGCAGCACCUGGCUCGUACCCACCCCCUGAAUUCCAUUGGAAACAGUAAAGGUGUACUUAGAUUGCGUUUUGGUUUAAUUAUUAAUGGCAAAGUGUAAUAUGUCAUGUUUUGCAGGUCAGAUUAGGUUGUAUUUACCUCAUUUUAAAGACUUGCUAAAGCCACAACUACUUUAUGUCCUGAUAAUAAAACCUUAAAACUGACAGGCAAACAUCCAGGUGAUCGUUUGCAAGCUUGAAAUGUACCACAGUAUGUUUGUGUGGAGUGCUUUUUGUUUCUUUUGUUGCACUGAUUUCGAUGAAGGCUCACACAAACCAAUCUUUCUUGAGAUUUUUUUUAUUUUUUUUUUAUUUCUAUGAACAAUCUGUAAUUUUUACAGCUGUGUCCAAGCAGCUGUUGUUGUUGCUCAUGUGAAGGCUCGUGUAGUUUUUUUCUUUUUUAGCCUACAGUUCGAGCGCUUUGAGCGAUUGCUCAGUGUGUUCACUAAAGGCUGCUUUUAUAAUUAGUUUUGUGUUUUCUCUAUUAUCGUUACUUAGAUGAAGAUCACGCCACGUUUUUAACAAGGACUAAAUAUAGCCGUAGUUGCAGCUGUAUAUCAGUAUUACUGUGUGUUUUGGAGAUCGCUGUUUUUUUAAAAAUGUCAUUUUUCUUGUGAUGAGCACUCGUAAGGCACAGAUCCAUCCCUGUUGGAUCAUGUAAUGGAUUUUGAGUUCUCAACUUUUUAUUUUAUGUAAUGUUUUUAUCAUUUUAUGGCAAAUGAAUGAAGGCUUUUAAAACAACACAGGAGGUUGUAUGCCAAAAAUCAUGCACUGUACAAAGUUAAUGUUUUGUCCAUAAUAGAUAAGAUGUCUGAGUGUUAUUUUGAUGUUUUAAUGAAACACUGAGUGGCUGAUGAUGAUUUCCUCUGUUAAUUUUUGGACUUUACAUACACGUUCUCAGUUUUAGUUAUUAAUGUGAAAAAAUUUAGAUCUACCAGAAGUGUCCUGCACUAUUAACGUUUUCCAGCAGCUUUUAUUCCAGUUUUCAUGAGCCAAUGUCUGUGUUCAAGCUGCCGCGUAAAGAUGGAAUCAGGCCACGGUAUCUUCUUUAAAAUUGUCAUUAGCAUCUGGCAGGGCUGCAUCCUGUCUCUGUUCUUCUUUCAGGUUGCCCUUGAUUACAUCAUGUGGCAAGCUAUAACACACAUCAGAGGUGGCAUCUGCUGGAGUGAUGGGCAAACACAACAUCACAGAUGAUUACAGUGUAGUUGAAACGCAGCGUUUUGGAUAGAAGAAAAAUCCAAGAAAGUCAGCGCUGGGGAGAAACCGUUCAGGUCUAAUGCUUGUGCACAAAUGUUUAGACAUCAAAGAAGACUAAAAAUACAUGAAAGAGAUGAGCCCCUCCUGGUCUGUCCAAUUGGAUUCUUUAUGAGGGAAAUGUUUUGAUCCCAUCCAGUGAAAGACCUUAGACAGAAAUUUUGAUGAUUGAGUUUCCUUGAAAGCCAACACAAUGGAGAAACCAUUUGGCUUAUACGACUGAAAUAAGAAGUUUGUCUUUGUUUGCAGAAACUGAAAUGAAGGCAGUGAAAUGACAGAUCAGUUGGACAGCCAUGUGUCUUUUGUGGGUGGUCCACCUCUCAUCCAAGAGACUUCUUCAGUUCUAAAAAUAAAAGAGUCCCAGAUAUUUUACUCUUAGUGGUUGGUUGUCCCCUCCCAGGUGGUCCUGAGGGUCAUCAACCCACUAUUGAUCAUGUGAGUCAUCACAUGAGCAUAGGUGUAUUUAAAAAAAAAGUAUGGGUCAUUACCACUGGGGGUUAAUGGUGAAACCACCUUGUAACCUUGCCCCACUGCAUCAUGUGACUUAUUGGGAUCACAUGAGGCCAGGUGUGAGUGGGGAUUGAAGCACUCGGGAAGGGAUCUCAUGAUGGCAUUGCAGGUGGUUGAUAGCUGGUGUUUUAAGCCACCGCCUCUGUUCAGUCAUGGUCGUUCACAGGGGACGUAGGUGCCCUUGGUCCAUAAUGUCAACACUGGCGUCAUCAAGAGAGUGUUCCAGUGCAGAUGUAUAGCUGAGUCUUGUCCUGUUAAGGUGGUUCUUCUGUGUUGUGUUGGGUUUAUGGAGUGCCUGUUUGGUUUCUCCUUUGUGGAGGUCCAAGCAUUUGUCACUGCAAAGCAUACUCUAUCCUGUUUAGCUUGUGUUUUAGAGUUUUGUCCCAUGAAUGAAUCAAUUUUGUCUGAGGGUUUUGCUGGGUCUGCUGGUGUCUGACCUUCUUUCGUGUACAUCUUUGCUGAUUUAAUGGAGGCCCAGUUGGGAUAACCACGUUUUAUUAAGAGCUAUCUUUAAGUGUGUGUUCCUUUUCUUUCUCUUUUUCCUUAGAGGAAAUAUUUUCUGCCUGGUGUUGUAGGCUCCUUAUCACCUCAACGUUGUGUUUCAUAGGGUGGUGGGAGUCAAAGAGUAGGUACUGGUCUGUGUGUGUGUGGGCUUCCAGUAAACUUCAAUGUUGAGGCUUCCAACCCAACAACACAGUAAAGGAUCCUGCUGUCCUCCCUGGUGAACAUUUGUUUUAAGCCACUUGAGUGAAUUUGUUUGGUGGAGGCCUCUACUUCCUGGGUUUUAAUUGCGACCCAUGUGUCAGCGGCAUAUCUGUACCCGAAGGCAGGUGCUGUCCAUUUGAAGGAACCGAGAGCUGUACUCUCCACUCCCUCCAUGUAAAAAUUGGCUACAAUGGGGGAAACUGAUGAGCUCAUGACACGUCCAUGGUUUUAUCUUUAGAAGCCCCCAUUGCAUUUGAGAUAUGUUAAUAUGAAAUUAUUCUUAAUCAUAGAAAUAUGCUUUAGAGGAUAAUCGUUAGCGCAUUAGCCAGCUUGGCUAAUGCAUUUAAUGUGAAAUGGUUAGAGCAUCAUGUGAAGUGUCAUUCAUAUUCUUUCUUAGGUACAACUAUUAAUCCCACCCUGCAAAAAGUACUGUAAAAAAGUCCCGCUUUUUAUUUAAUUAGUUAUUUUACUUAAAGUAGUAUGUAGUCUGUGUUCUCCUCAUAUGAUCCCUAUGAGCCAAAAGCAUGACUUCAGACUAAGUGCUGUUUCUGACAGUUUCUUCUCUCUUAAAAAAAAAAAAAAAUGUAUUGAAUUGUGAUGUCAGUACUCACAAGCUUUCUGUUUACAAGGGGCAGCCAAUCAGAAGAGAGUUGGCUUAAUGUGACAGUGGCCUUAAAGGGAGAGGCGUAAAAACUGGUUGUUUCAGGUAGUGGAUGAAUUAUAGUGUGGAUUAUUUUGAACUGUGAAUCAUGAAGAAAAAUAGGGAGCUGGAAAAGAGUAUAAAGUUUAGGGUAAAAGAGAGGUAGUAUCAGGUACUUGCUUUUUAUUCUGAUAUAGAUUUUCUUCUAUAUUGCUGGAUAGUUUUUGAUGAAAAAUCAAAUUGUGAUGUAAUUUUUCUGUUUUUACGAGGCUGACAAGAGUAGUGUUAAAGUGCUGCAUAAAUAAGCAGUACUGGAAAGGGUUGUAGUACUAUUAUACUCGUAGUGAUACCCAUACUGAGCUACUAAGUCCCAAAGUGGGUGGUGUGUUACUCCCAGCGGGAAGCGCUUUUUAUCCUUUUGUAAAGAUAAGAUUUAAAUUUACCUCACCAAUGUGAUACCUCGAGUCUUUUAGUCAAUCAACCCAGCUCUUUACUCAGUUUGUAAAUAUUGCCACAAUAUUAGUGCUCUUUUUUAGCUACUUGUUGUCACUGUUCCUGUUCUCUUUAUCAAAAGUCUUCAUUGAUUAUCUUGCGGUAGUUGUUAAUUGUCAUUUUUGUGGAUAAUUGAAAGCACUGUCACAAAUAAAACUGUAAUUCUGAGCACGUUUUAUGCGGAUCAUAUGAUUUAUGCACACAAGGCUGUCCAUCCAUUCAUCCCUUUGUCCAUCCAUACAGAGCACUGUGUUCAGAGAUGAUUUUAUUUUGUGCCCAUUAAGUCCACCUGGCAGCCCGUGCCUUUUGAAAAAAGCCUGUUCAUGGUUUAUUUGAUUUAAUCACUACAGAAUUAUUUUUGGGUGCAACACAUGCCACAUGUAUAAAAGAAUACAGUCACUUGUAUUAUGCUUUUUCAUAUUUGAUAUAAACAUUUACUAGACAAAGAAUCUGACAUGGUGACUGGCCUGAAAUUUAUAAAUUAUAUAGACACUGAUAAUGUAAUGCUUGGUUUGAGACAAAACAAUGACAAGCUUCUGCACCUUCCACUACUAUAAGUGGACUACAAGCAGACACUCAGUCCUUGCUUGCAUAGCCUGGAAAUGGGGAAGCAAAACUGCUGAACGAGAAUUUCUGCAAUAGUUUCAACCUUCGCCAACUCAUUACUGUCUCGCUCUGAAACGCUCUCUCAAAAGCUUUAUCAAGCACCUCUCUCGGGGGUCCUGCAUCUUUAAUGACUGCAGCGAACGGAAUAGAUUAGAAGAUGAGACCUUUCGAUAAAAAGUUUCUCCUUACAAAAAAGUUUUAUACGAAGGAAUGCAGUGUGUUCGGUAAACAUAUAUAUAAGGCUUUUUCCCUCCUUUUGCUGCACUGAAAAGUGGAGCCCCUCUCACGAGGGCCCUAGCUUUAAGAGUGAGCUCCCAGCAAUAAGGUCAAAAGCCAAGACUAUUAAUUUUGCAGUGCUCUUCAUUUCUGUAAACAAGUUGAUAUGUACUGAGUAAAGUUUAGUUACUUUAACGUUAACUCGAGUAAACCAUAAAUCAAAGAAGAAGCCUAAAAAGAAGCCAAUCUGGGAUCGCC